AUGCGGGCGCGGUGGCGGGCGCUGUGGCUGGCGCUGUGGCUGGCGCGGCUGGGGCCCGGGGCGCUGGGCGGCUGCGGGGACGCGGGGCGCUGCUGCCCCGGCCGGGACCCCGCCUGCUCCGCCCGCGGCUGGAGGCUCGACCGCGUCUACGGCACUUGCUUCUGCGACCAAGCCUGCCGCCGCGCCGGGGACUGCUGCUUCGACUACGACCGGGCGUGCCCAGGUCGCCCGUGCAUCGUGGGGGAGUGGAGCCCCUGGAGCGGCUGCUCGGACCAGUGCCGGCCCGGGACCCGCGUGCGGCGGCGCCCGGUGCGGCAGGAGCCGCUGAACGGCGGCGCGGCGUGCCCGGCGCUGGAGGAGCGGGCCGGCUGCCUGGAGUACCGGACGCGGCGGGGCCAGGACUGCGGCGGCGCCUUCGCCCCUGCCUUCAUAACUACCUCUGCCUUCAACAAGGAGAGAACAAGACAAGUGGCCUCCCCGCAGUGGUCUGCACACACACAGGAAGCCGGGUACUGCAUGGAGUUCAAGACUGAGUCACUGACUCACCACUGCGCCAGGGAAAACCGCCCUCUGACGCGAUGGAUGCAGUACCUGCGAGAGGGGUUCACGGUGUGUGUCAACUGUCAGCCUCCAGCCAUGAAUUCUGCAAGCCUCCGCUGUUCCGGAGACGGCCUGGACUCCGACGGAAAUCAGAUUCUCCACUGGCAAGCAAUUGGCAACCCUCGAUGUCAAGGAACUUGGAAAAAAGUCCGGCGAGUAGACCAGUGUUCUUGUCCUGCUGUGCAUAGUUUUAUAUUUAUAUAG